AUGCUUGAUGAGACUGGCAUAUCAUUUUUGCCUCUGAAAUUCUCAAUUUUCGGACAAGGGAUCCAAUGGGCAAACGACACAGAUUACGUGCUGAUUUUGUGGAUUCGAGAGUCGCAAGCCUGGUUGAUUGUGCACGGAACUGGAGUGCGGUACAGAGCGCCUGAAGGUAUCAAGCGGACAUUCAAAAUGGCAUCCACGGCGCUCAUUGACGCGGAUAUGGAGCCCACACUCCAGUCCAUUCUCGAUCAGAAGACGCUGCGCUGGAUAUUUGUGGGUGGCAAGGGUGGUGUGGGAAAGACGACGACAUCGUGUUCGCUCGCGAUACAACUGGCAAAACACCGCAAGUCCGUCCUCCUCAUCUCGACGGACCCCGCGCACAACCUGUCAGACGCGUUCAAUCAGAAGUUUGGCAAAGAUGCCCGGCUCAUCGAGGGCUUCGACAACCUCAGCGCCAUGGAGAUUGACCCGAAUGGCAGUAUACAAGACUUGCUGGCAAGUGGUGCAGAGGGGGGAGAGGAUCCCAUGGCGGGACUCGGAGGCAUGGGCAACAUGAUGCAGGAUUUGGCCUUUAGCAUCCCCGGUGUAGACGAAGCCAUGUCCUUUGCCGAGGUGCUCAAGCAAGUCAAGUCCAUGUCGUACGAAGUCAUCAUCUUCGACACGGCGCCUACUGGCCACACGCUGCGCUUCCUACAAUUUCCCACCGUCAUGGAGAAGGCGCUCUCCAAGGUCUCGCAGCUCUCUCGUCAGUUCGGCCCCAUGCUCAACACCUUCCUUGGCUCGUCGGGUAGAUUACCGAACGGGCAGAAUAUGGAUGAGCUGAUUGAGAAGAUGGAGGCGCUCAGGGAGACCAUUGCCGAAGUCAAUGGGCAGUUCAAGGAUGCAGAUCUGACGACGUUUGUCUGUGUCUGCAUCCCAGAGUUCUUGAGCUUGUACGAGACGGAGCGCAUGAUUCAAGAACUCAACAGCUACGAGAUUGACACGCACUCCAUUGUCGUGAACCAACUGCUCUUCCCCAAGCAAGACAACCCGUGUGAGCAGUGCAAUGCGCGACGGAAGAUGCAGAAGAAGUAUCUUGACCAGAUUGAGGAACUGUACGACGAGUUCAAUGUGGUCAAGAUGCCUUUAUUGGUCGAGGAAGUGCGGGGCAAAGAGAGGUUGGAAAAGUUCAGCGAGAUGCUCGUGAAGCCGUUUGUCCCUCCGCAGUAA